GUCCUGUUAUGCAACAACUGACCUACUAACAUACAUUUAGAGACUCAGAGAGAGAAGCAGAGAGAGAGAGAGAGAGAGAGAGAGAGAGAGAGAGAGAGGGAGAGAGAGAGAGAGAAAGAGAGGGGGGAAUUGGGGCAAACAUGACAUGUGUAGCGCAUUGAAAACAAGCAGCACUGUGUUCACACUCGCAUAUACCUGCACUAAUAGAAGAGCUGGUGUUUGGAAAGUGACGGACCUAGUGUUGGUGUAUGUUUAUGUGGAUGAGAGCAGCAUCUGAUGCUAUUAGUGGAUAGUUAAAACAGGGCAUUCUCAAACAAAACAAGCUUUUUAUCAGCCAAUCACUGAGAAAAGACAGACAGACAAAGGGAACAAGCCUCCCCAAGAGAUUGACAUGCUGAGGAAGUCGUGCUGCCCUACAUCCUGCUGGUUGUGAGGAGAUCAAGGACUUUCGUGGACCAGCUUAGUGGUUGAGCGUGCCAUUCUUAUGCUUAACCUGGAUCAGACAACAACUGAAAAGCAAGACGAAGAAAGACUGAUCUGAUACAAUUAACGUCUGUGAAAAGUCUAGACACUGAACCAUCAAGUUGAUAAAUGAGGGUUGAGCGCCAGCUGUUCUUUAUCUUUUUGGCCACCUUGGACACUUGAGUUCAUCCUUGCUAUAACUCCACUGCAAUAUAGAGACCAAGAACUUUGGGAGAAAACUUUGAAAAUCUAUUUUUGUCAGUGCCCGCUCCUUCCCUUGACCUCCCUGGUUCUUCCCCAGUUGCUAAGGACAUAUUUCAAACUGGCUGCCACCAGACAAUAAUGGAAAAUCUGACAUCAGCUCUCAAGACAUUAAACAAACCCUCAGGGAAUGACCUAAACAGCCUUGAGACCUUCAGUGGUUAUGAAGAUUCGUCAAACCAAGGGAGUCCAUCUCGCAUGGGGCGCAUGAUCAAGCCUAAACCCAACAUGAGCUGCAGGAGAAAACGUGAAUUCAUCUCUGAUGAGAAAAAGGAUGCCUCCUAUUGGGAGAAACGGCGCAAAAACAAUGAAGCAGCCAAACGCUCCCGGGAGAAGCGGCGUCUCAAUGACAUGGUUUUGGAGAAUCGUGUCAUUGCAUUGAAUGAUGAGAAUGUGAGGCUCAAGACAGAGUUGCUCCAGCUGAAGCUGCGCUUUGGCCUUAUAAGCACUGCUUCCUACAUUGAGAAGAGCCAACAGAUUAGUGUGAGCAGCAACAGCGGAAAUGGAGGCUCCUCCUCCUCUUCGUCCACCCAGUACUACUCCAGUGGUUACUCCAGUGGUUCUCAGGUGAUGAUGAACUCUGAUUCCUCAGAAACAGAGCAGUCAGUGCAUGGUGACAGCCACAUGCAGCUGGCGAAGUACUCUCCACGUGGAUCACUCUCUGACAUGUCAGAUGCAUCCUCCAGGGACAGCCCCGAGCCAAUGCCUUUUGAAAUAAAACAGGAAGGUGACAGGCUUGAGAUGGACAUUGCCAAUGGCACCACCACCCAGAUCAUGUUCAACAUCCACCGUGGUCUGGCCUCUGUGCCCACUCACCACCAAAUCCAGCAGCACUCUCAGGGGCUAGAGGGUGCAUAUCAUGGCCAGCAACAGCAGCAGCAUCACCUUCACCAACAACAACCCCAUCAGGAGCAUGUUACCACUGUCAGCCAGCCUGCACCUCACCCACCUGCUGCCCAGAGGAGCGUCAUUCUGUAUGGCUCCAGCAGUGCCUCCUAUCCAGUGGACACCCUGACUAGGCCCCAGGAUGUCCAUCCACAAGCAUCCCAGAAGUCAAUCACUGAGGGCUCCACAGAGGCGCUCGCUGUCGUGAGAAAGCAGCUUGAGAGAAGAUCAUUAGAUUCAUCUUCAUAUGAGCGCUCAGACAGUCGCAAUGAGGUUGCUGAUGGACAGAAUUACAAAGUUUGCCAACUUCCACAGCAACACCUGCAGCAGGAGCAGCAGUACCAGCAAGAGGGCGAAACAACUUCAGGGCUCCUCCACAAACAAAUGGAGGGAGUCAACCAAUCCAACCUGUACCACCAUCUCCAGCAGCCUCACCAUUUAUACCUCAGUGCCCAAGACGAGGAGCCGCCUGUGCUCACCUAUGAGGGUGAGCCAAGAAAGGAGGUGCGCUACCAAGGCCAACCUUGCAGCUCCAGCAAAGACACCUCAUCCAGUGAUGGAGAUCCCCGCAGCUCUGACAAAGAUGCCUCCACAGAUGACGAUGACUUUCCCUCCUCGUCCUGCUCAGAUACGGGCAGCUACAACAACCAACAUCAUUCUGGCCUCCUUCGACCUGCCUCACCUUUGCCCUCUUCCCAGGGCUGUUCUCAGUCCCAAAGCCGGGAUCCUCAGGGGGAGGUGAAGGGCACGGCAUUGCCUCACAAACUCAGACUCAAACACCGGGCCAUGAGCUCUGGAAGCAGCAGUGGCCACUCCUCUGGCCAGGAGUCCCCCACAAUGCCUUCCUCUGCAACACCCCCUCCCCUGCCCCAGCACCCCUACUUGUCCCUCAUGCAUCAACCGAACAUUAACCAGGGGAGCCAAGAUGAGGUCUGUAAUCAAGCAGCUUCAGUGGAGGGGGCCAGGAAGGAGAGCGGGAAAAAAGACACAAGUGGACGACGAAAUAAGAGGCGAGAUUAGGUGACCUAUAAAAGUAGUCACAACUUGCGCAUAAGACAAUUCUCGUCUAAGAACUACCCUGCCAUCAUGCCUUUUCCCUAUAAUUGAACACCUUUCUAAAGCCCUUGGGACAGGAAGCUGGGCUUUUCUAUUCCCCUACCCUUCUGAAUAUCACCAAAAAGAAUGGACAAUUUGUAGGGCUGUAUUAUAUUUGUAUAUAUUGUAUAGAUGUAUCAUUUCUUACAUCCUCUCCAUACUUACAGAAGCACUUUUGUUUAUACGAUAAGAGGAGGAAUGGAACUGCCUGCUUUUCUAUCUUUUUCAUCAACAAUAUCCAGCAGAGUCCAUCAGCAACCAUCAACAUUUCGAUCACUUACAAACAAGAAUGUAGAAAAAGUUUAAAGCUUUAUCAGUACUAUAAAUUUGGUACAUAUCUGACUGUAGACAAACAUACACUCGUAUGGCUAUCUGCCUUAAUUAAAAUCAAAUGCAAACAUACACUUGGGGCAUUCCCUAGACCAAAGAAGCACCAACACUACAAAUAUGAAGUUCCAUACCUCUUCCCAGACCCUACCUCUACCUACCCAUACUUUCCCAGUCAUCUCCUUUAUUACACAAAAGAUCGCCAUUACCAUUAUUUUUUAAGUACUUGUUCUGUAUAUUACUGUGAUAUAUGAAUAUAUGUAUCUACUAUAAAUAUAUAUUUUACAAGGAAUUUGAAUACAAAUUCAACAAAAAUAAAACAAACCUACAGCGCCAAAAGAGGGUUUUGAAAGUGACCAUCCUAUUAUGAAUCAUUAUUACUGUACAGCCACAUUUCUCCAGCAGGACCCAUUUAAAUUGAAACGCCUCACUUUUGAUUGUCAAGCUUUAGCAUUACUCUUUUGUUAAUGCCCUGUUUACACAGAAAUGGCCGCCCAGUUUGGGGCGCCAACAGCACUGAAUGGAGAACCUGUUGUUUCCUGAGGCAAAGGCCUCAUUAAAAUGUUUGAAUUUCUUUACCUUUAACCAGCCUUUGAAUAUGUGGUGGAAUUCACCAGCUGCAGGCUAUAAGCCUUUAGUUUAUUUGAGCUUUAUCAACCAUAUCUUGUUGUUGUAGAUGUUGUUACCAUUCACUGGCCCAAUGUAUUUAUUUCCCUCUUCUUCACAUGCCCAUCACUGUAGAAAAGCCCACAGGAACAUAGACAGUGAAUGUGUACAAACCUUUUUAGAUAGAUAUUACUGCCUUGAGUUUAAAUUGUAAUGUGGGCAUGGGAGGCCAGGGGCAAAACCAGGUAGUCAAAUUCAUGUAAUAACAUUACAGUGCACUGAGUUUUAAACAAGUUCGCUCUUAAUGCCAUAAGAAAGGAGCCUUGUAUACUGGAAAUUUCCUAAAUAAUAAGAGGUUCCAUGCUGUGACCAAAUAGGACCAUUGAUGAUUGAGUUUUUGUUAAAUUAAUCUCUCUAAAUAGAUGUCUGCAUAUGACAACAAUUCUAUUGCUGGGAGUGUUUUCAUUACUGCUUGUAGCUAGGUAGUAUUGACCGGCAGGAGAACAUUUCUCAAGGAAAGCCAACUCACUGGGCAAAAGCCUUUUUACAGAAUCAAUUUGCAAUCAUUGGUCGAUAAUAAAGUGUUUAAUUAAUCUCUAUAAACACAUAUCUGCUCAUAGAGAUCAAUUAAACAAGCUUAUCCCUAGCAUUGCCCUAAUCUCCAUAUCCUUUCUUGUGCCUCAAUGUGCUGGUCAGACUGCAACAUCGAUCAUCUUCAAAGGACAACAGACUUAUGAUUGCGACAUCAUUUUUCUGUUCUCUACUACUGGUCACACCAGCAGCCCCCCAAAAAUGCCUGUUGCUCAUUAUCCUUAGACUAAAUUAAGGGUUCAUAAUGUUGGGAAAUGAAAGCUGAAGUGAAACCAAAUUUCCUGAAACCUCAAAAUUUCCAAACACAAUUUGAGCUAAAAUCAUGGAAAUAAAUAUGUCCCUUGUUUCCCAUGUGCCUCAAUUCGUUUGUAGGGGUUUAUCAUCCCUUCUUCUUGGUAGUUCUGCUUCUGGGCAGCGAUGAAUUCUCUGCACUGGAUCCUUGUUUCACGUUUGGCUGUGUACCAUGUUUGGCUUUUGGUGCUCGUGUAUAAAUGUAAAGCUUUCCCUUACCCUGACGACACUGUAAUGUUUAUUUCAUUGGUUUUUAUAUCCUCUUUUUUCGUCAAGGUGUUGUAAAAAUUUUCCUUUAUACUGUGUCUUUUCUUCUAUUGACAGUGAUGACAUGUAUUUGCCUAAUUUCUCCUCCCCUCUCCCAACUUUUUUCCAGUGUGUAUUAAUCAGUAAUGUUUGUGGUUUUUGCUGAUGGUUUUAAGAAAAAGACAAGAGGACAAAAAAGAGGCAGAGUGGUGUUUCUAGAUGGGUGGUGGUUGGACUGGUCAUUACCAUCACUUCUUUUGACAUGAAUACAUAUGUAAAGACACUAAUGUUCAUUGUGGAAGAUGGGAGCAUUUCAAGACCGAAAAUAAAAUAAAAGAAUGUGGACUUUUUCAACAUAUCAUGAAA